GAAUUAAGUGCGUCCAGUAUGAUAACAAGAGUGUGUGUGGUUGGACAACACAAUCAUGACAAUCUAGAACUCAACAAUGCUUUGAAGGUGAUCAAGACUCUUCAUUUUAUCAUCUGAAUCGUGCCCCGUAAUAGUACGUACAGUUUUUCGGUUUUGGAAUGAAGAUUCCGCCUUGAUUUAAAGCUUCUCCUAUACGUCGGGUUACUUCUGUUGUCUAAUAUACAGUAUAGCGCGCGCUGCAGCUCUCAAAGAACGUAAAAAUGCUUGAAAUUACUCAGGCAUUACUUUGUCAUCUCUUGCAUCUUCUUCCGUAAAUCCGUCUUGCAGCUUCCUUUCAUCCGUUUGAAAACAUACCAGAUCUUACCUCAUUUCCUAUCGUAAUACAUCUCUUCUAACUUCUCCGACGUUUAUAAGAGUGUAUAAACCAUAAAUUGAUUAAUCGCCAUAAUCUCGUAAAACGUUUGUUGAAAAAGCAGUACUGACAGAUGCUUAGCAAUCUUUAAUUUUCUUGUUAUAUAGAUGCUAGACGUGGAGGUCGUAUACUCAGAUGAUGGCAGAGACAUUGCAGAUGCGUCGUGCAUGUCAGAUGCAGUCGAAGUAGUCUUCUUGUGUGAGCCUUUCGAAGGAGAACACUUUGACUACCUUUGGAAAGAAGACCAUCGCAUCGUCGGCUCGCCUGUUGUAUUGAGCUGUGCUGAUGAACGCCAACCACUGCCUUGUUCGUCGCGACCACUCUAUUGUACUGUAAUGUCAAAUAUUGUGGUCUGUUUUACGGGAUUUAAAGAGAAAAGUAAACUGUCUAAGUUGUGCGCGUUGGUUCAUUUCAUGGGUGGGAGUGUACGAAGAGAUUUCAAUGGGAGAGUGACACAUCUCGUUGCUAAUUCUGUUCGUGGAGAUAAAUACAGGGUACGUAUAGUCUCGUAAUGUUUAACAGCGACUCUGGGUGUCAGCUUGCAUUUUCUCCGAACUUCGAUUUCCGUCGUUGUCCAAGGUGGUUUCAGUUCUUAGAGCAUUUGGCUUACGCUUUUAAAACACUGUUUGCAACUUUCAAUAGAUGAUUAUUAAAUUCUAUACCGGCAUGUAUACAGACAGACAGACAAACGCAACUCCUGGUGGAGGUAAUAAAUGCGUUUGGUAACGAAUGACUAUAAACAUAAAUUUUAACCAAUAAAUAUAUAUUCAUAUACUGUAGAUAUAAAUUUUUUAAACUAUAUUAUUUUUCUGAUUCUUCAAUAAUCUACCUCCAAUUCUGUGGCCUCUGUACCUGGAUAUGUCUCCACAUGCCAACCUUACUUAACAUUUUUUCCGCUUUGCCCGGCUCAUGGAAAUUUUCUUGAAUGGAUAUUAAAGAUUCCUUAAAAUCCUUUUUUCACAACAAUUCCUGGAAAAUCUUAUCGUAUGCCUCAUUUUAUUUAGGCUGCUGUUGGCUUAGGAACGGGUAUUAUGACUGAAGAAUGGAUUCAUAAAUGUUGGGACAUGAGAUCCAAUUUGUAAGUUUGCGGAGUGCUUCAGAUCAUCUGGCCCACUUGCAAAUUUACGUGCAGGGGUCGGAUAUAAUAUUGAGAGUGGCUAAUAUUGAAAUAUUAAUCCACCUAUUUUAAUGAAGCAUUAAAUUGCUAAGCUAUUCAGCAAAUACUAUCAGGCUUUGAAAGAAUACAUAACCCAGUUAAGGUUACAGGACACCCUUUUUGGCGUUUUGCAGAAAACUGCUACAGCGCGCUCAAUAUCAGUCCGAUUUUAAUCAAAUUUUCACCAAAUGUUCGCCAGUGCAUGCAAAAUAUGGUAAAGUUGUAAAAUUAACAAACAAUAAAAUAAUGUAAGAAUUAUUCAGGAAAAUCUUAAAUCGCGGUACCGUUACGCUUUUGAGUUGUGCUCCUGCUGGUAAGGUUUUAAGUUAUAUUUAUGAAAAUAUCAUUUUUAUACAGUAAAAUAGUUGUUCUAAAAAAUUGUGUUCGGAAAUUUUGUUUAUUUCGUCAUUCCGCUGAUAUGGCGAUUUCUUUGACGACUGCAAUAUAUUUCUGAAUUGUUUGAGUGAAUUGCUCUUUAUUAUUAAAAUAUACAAAAUUAAAAAAAAAGCCGAACACUAUUUUGAAACUGACGUCUUUAGCUAUGUCCUGUGAAAAUUUGAGAAAAAUUGGUUAAAACCCGCAGGAGCACAACUCGUUUGAAAAUCAGUAAUUACCGCAAAAUUUUUCGGGAGAAAAUUGAAUUUGAAUAUUACAUUUUCAAUGUUUUUCUUAUUGCAGCGAAAUGUAUUUAAUUAAAUAACUCUGCGAGUUUUCAACAUUUUUCGUUCAAACUUGGUCAGAUAGUAGAACUAGUCUAAUGCUUUCAUGGAAACCAAUAAAAAAAUUUUAGGCAAAAUUAACACUCAAAGGUGUUCUGUAACCUUAAACUAUUUGUAAUACGAGCUGGAGACUCCAGCAUAUGUACGCAUGCAGAAAACGGACAGCACUAUAUACAUCUUUAAACUUGAUCUUGAAAAUGUCUUGAUGCGUGACUUGAAGAUAUUGAGAUGACUAGAACUGGGAUUCGCAGGCGCUCAAAAUGUGGGAGUAGAUUUUCAACCAAUUUCUCAUCUACAUGUCCACAAAUAAUGUAAAUUUGAAAAAGAGGCAAAACGAACUCAAAAGAGUUGUCAAGUUUGACCCCAGAACGAUUAUUUUGAGUUGGUUUGAAUUUACAGUGUGUAUGUCAUUCGCGAAGUGUCCCAAAGCUUCUGCUCGUGCGUAAACCUCUGUGUUUGUAUUUAAUAUAGAACGUGGCGAGCUGAUAACGAUGAAAUGGUAGGUAAAACGAUAUAGAUUCGGGAAUGUGUAUGUACAGUAUACAGUUGCUUUGUGUAAAAAUUGACCAUCCGGUGUUUUUGUUUGCAACCUUUUAAAGUAUACACAAUGCCAAUAAAAUAUUUAAAACUGCAUGCAUUAAUUUGUGGUUUUUAGACGGACUAUAAACUUCCUCCGUUUUUCGAUUGUUGCUUGACGUUUAUUGGCUUCUCAGAGGAAGAGAAAGCCCACAUGGAAGAAACAACUAUUGAGCAAGGUACUGCAGAAUUAUGCUAUAACUUCAAAGGGUCCGAAUGUCAGGAAAUAGGUUUUGUGCGUCAAUGAGUACAUAAUACAUGAGUGCAUGGACUUUCAUGGACUGAGGAGUGUGAUGCAUGAGCCUUGGGCAUGUACCAAUAUUUUUCAAUCCUCAUAAAUUUAGGGACUGGGCACGAGUCAGGGACUGGGUACCUUUGAGGGACUGGGUACGGGUGUAGACUAUAGAAGUAAGAAAAUGACACAACAAGGGAUGACAAAAUGUGAUAAAACUCUAUUGAUGCCCUGCGCACAUCUAUACAAUCGUGACAGGCAUAGUUUCUUACAGUAUAUCCCAUGAAAAGUUCUCCUUGUGAUAACUAUUUUGUUGUGUUGAGCGUAACACUCCACAGCUUUAGAUCUGUAAGCCCGAAAGCCCCGAAUCGAUAUUUAUCUGCCUCCCUGUGCAAUUAUUAAAGUUCUCUCUAACUGGUUGGAACUUAUAUGUAUUAACAAGAUCUGUGUGUGUUUAGGCGGUACGUUUUGCAGUCUUGAAGAUAAGAUAUUUACUCAUGUUGUUGUGGAAGAUGGUGUUCAAGAAAUACCACUGGAAGCAAUGGACGUACCACAUGUGAAAGUUGUUAAGCAAGAGGUACUGUAUUUCUGCAUGUCAAAUAAUAGUGUAAAGCAAAUCCUUGCUAUAUAAUUUGGCGAAAACGUCAUAUUAAACCAGGCUUUUCUAUAUAGGGUUUUCAGGAUAUUUUAGGGCCGCUGAACAACUUUAUGUUUUGUUUAGUGCAGUAAAAAUUGUUUGAGUUGAAUUUUUGAUGUGGAAUAUUAAUGUUUCUGUCGAACGUUUGGCAAAGUGCAGUAAGAAAAGACAACCGGAACGAGACCGCAUCUUUUGAAUUACAUGUACGCAACACAAGAAAAGCCGACCGAGCUAAUACAUCAACGUGUGUGUGUUAUUUAUUUUUAGUGGUUUUGGGCAAGUAUUCAAGUUGAUGCUUGUGCAGACACAGCUUUAUACCUCUUUAAACAGGUAUGUCAGACUGGUUGUAAAAUAACCUUACAGUAUAGGGCAUGCCUACAUGGUCACGCUUGCUGAAACGAUGAUUUUGGUGUAUUGAAAUAAUUCAUGGUUCAGCAAAACUGCAUUCAUAGUUUAUAUUUAUACUUGGAUUGUAUUGUCUAAUUGUAAGCGAAAGACAAUUUUUUUGCAACGAGACAUAUGAUUGUCAUGUUGUUAAACAACUGGAUCAAAAAUUUUAGCUUAAUGUUCGUGUAACUUUUCGUUUAUUCUUAUUGGGCUAUAUUUCAAUAUACCAAAAUUAUCCUCCCUCCCAUACCGGAAAGUGGGAUGAAUGGAAUGCCACUUAUUUACUGCUUGACAAAACCUAUCAAACAAAUUUUAGCCCAAUGCUGAACCUAUACGAUCAUGCGGAACUCCGUCAAGCAAUCAGAGAAGUCGAAAACGACGGAGAAUGAAGGAGACGGAUGUGAUGGAACUACUCUCUCCAAGCUCUCCUUGUCAUGCAGCAAAGAGAAAAAGUGAAGAUAUAUUAUCAGUGAGUUCAUUCUCUGGUUCAUUACUUGAUGUCACCAUGGCUUCUCCUGCGACUCCACAAGAAGGUAUGUUGAUUGGUAUACCAAAACUGUCUGUACCAGUGUAGGUAGGGGCAGGGGUGGAAAAAAUAUUUUACUUUCUGGGACCGGGGUGGAAAAAAUAUUUUACUUUCUGGGACCGAUUUCUUUGUAGAUCUAUUCAAUACACCAAGUGGUCAAAUGACACCCCGACAUAAAACACCAUCGAAAGUAAUCUCACCGUUAAAACCAAAAACAGCGAGACAUCAAGUUGCGUUAGAACUACUCCAGACAGAAAGAAACUAUGUCGAAAUACUUAAUACAAUAUUGAAGGUAUGAUCUGAAAAAUAUAUGAAUUAGUUUCUGUGCACAAAAACUGAACCCUUAUAUUCUUCGAUAAAAAUUGUCCAAAGUGAAUGCUUGCCCACCAAACAGGGUUUUUUUCAGGACUCUUGGGUUUAGCGAACCGUUUAGUUUCCCGCCUGUAUUUUAUAUAAACUCUAACCAGUCUAACGUCGUUACCAAAGCCCACCCAUGCAGCAACAAAUCCUGAAAUCCCCGUCAGAAACCUUGGCUAGUCGUUAGAAAAGUCGAUCUUCGUAAAUAUACCAUUUCUACAAUUCCUACCAGUCCAAACAGCUGGGCAUUCUGUAACUUUCUGUUGUCGCUGUCUAAAAUAGUUCCUGGCACUUCCUGCCUGUAUGAACAGGCUUUGUUAUUGGUUGAUUAUAACAAUCAUAUUUUGAACUGAUCAUGUUUCGAAAAAACGAAUCAUAAACACUGAUCACUUUUUUCCCGAAAGCCAAUCACAAAACGCGUUCAUAUUAAGUAGGUUGGUCACCAGCAGAAAGUAAGUCGAAUACGUACGCAGAUAGCGAGAGUACCGCUAGGCGUGGUUGAAAACAAAGAAGUACCAGGCUGUGAUAUUGGCGUACCUCCAAUAUACGCAAGUACGCGAUUUACCGCAUUCUGCUUAACUUAAGUCUUUAUCGUGUUUUGCAAUACAUAGGUGUUCAAAAUGCCUCUGGAACAAGAAGAUCAGAGAGCAGGACCAAUCUUGGCGCCAGAAGAAAUCAAAACAAUUUUUGGAAGUUUACCAGAUAUCUUGGAGGUGCAUCAUAAAAUGAUGGUACGUCCUUAUUGACAAUACAUACGGUUACAUGUAUUUAAACCUGUUUUUAUUUGAGGUACAAAAUAUCUUGCAAUGCAAUUAAAUAAGUCAUGCGGAGUGAGUCAACAAUUUGUUUAAGUACGCAUUCAAUAUUAUUUCAUUCUACGAUCAAUUAUUGUGCAUGAUUUUUUUUGUAGGUGAAAUUGGAAAAGAUGUUGUCUUCGUGGACGGAAGAUAAAUGCAUUGGGAAUGUCAUUCUAGAACAUGUAAGUACCAAAAUCGUUUCCUCAGAUGAAUGGUAAACGGUUAUUGGUUUUUACUAAUAUUUUGAAUUAUAGGCUGAUGUGCUGAUGAAGGUGUAUCCUGUUUUUGUGAAUUUUUUUGAAAUGAGCAAAGAAACGGUUGUAAAAUGCGACAGAGAGAGACCGCGAUUUCAUGCUUUUCUAAAGGUAUUUUAAUAAACAAUUAUAGACGUACUCGACACUUGCAACCAUUGGUUAUGUUCUCUUAUGUUAUUCUAUGACGCGCGAUCGUUUUAGAUUUGUCUUGGCAAACCUGAAUGUGGACGACAAACAUUAGCAGAGUUACUGAUCAGACCAGUCCAAAGACUUCCAAGCAUGAAUUUACUUUUGACUGGUAAGUUAUUGUGCUUUGACGUCAACACUCAAGUUCUACUUUUGCUGGAAUGUGUCGGUCCCAUGCAUUUGGGAUUUGGUUACAACCUAACGUUAACGUAGAAAUGUAUGUCAUUGAAUGAUGUACUAUAGAUCUCAUCUGGAAAAAAUAUCACUUAUCAUUGACAGACCUUCUCAAGCAAACAAGGAAAGCAGAUUCUAAUAAUCCUGAUAUAGUCCCACUUGGAAAAGCUAUUGAGGCUCUCAAGACAGUUAUGACGUAAGUAAUUUAGUUUUCAGAUUUAGCCAACAAAUGAUAUGACCAUCAUGAUACUUACUACUUUAGUUUGUUUUUUAUAGUCAUGUCAACGAAUAUAAACGCAAGACUGAUAGUCAAGUUCAGAUGUUUGAAAUAAUACAAGAUAUCGAUAACUGUCCAGUAAGCACUUGCGUUGUUUUAAUUUGUUGCCAUGCUGAGUCCUUUCACGAGCAGGCAUUUACCUCUGGUUUCAGUGCAUGGUGCAACUGAAGUGGAGUAAACUACUCCCCUUGCAUGGAUUCAUCUGGGUAACCUCACAGGUUAACCCCAAUAAUAUACUUUGCUUUUUUAGCAUGCCCAACAUCGUGACUGGUUUAUCCGAAUAAUAGUCAACCCCAGUGUGAGAGACCGCCGGCUUAUUGCUAACAUCACCUACUGUAUGCCGAUUUGGACUGGUUAAACCGUCGCCAUGCAGAACCGGCAAUUGAAAAGAAAUGUCUUUUAAUAAUUCAUUCUAUUGCUUUUUAGCCUAACAUUUUAUCUUCUCAUCGUUCCUGCAUUGCUAAAAUGGAUGGCUUUGAACUGAGUGAUGUGUUUUGUGGUAAAACACAACCUGUUACGUUGUUCUUGUUCAGUGACAGCCUUGAGGUUUGUACUGUAUAUAUCUUUACCCUUGAAAACAAUGAAUACGUACAGAAUAUAGCGACCAUUAAAAUAAACUUGCAAGAUGAUCGGUUCUCUCUGCAUUUAGUGGUGACUGUUGUGCGGGCAAGGCAUGAGUAUAAAACUAUUGUAUUUCUGCCUGAGCCGAACGAUCUAACGGAUGAUGUACAAUUGUUUACAUUCUUCUGGCUUUAGGUGACUAAAAGGCGUGGUGGUCUAAGCAAAAGUAGUUCUGCCCACUUUCCUAUAAAAAGUCCAGCAAGUAAAACACCACAAAGAACGUACAAACAUCUGGAAUUUAUUCCACUAUCACAAUUACGAAAAGUCGUCGAUAUCAAGGAAACUGAAGGCAAGUUAUAAAUCUCAUGAUCAAUUAUUAUUCAACUUACCUUCCCCGCGUAUCCUCGCAUGAGCAACCAACAAUGGUACACGUAGCCGGGGAACUGGUAGCCUGCGUACUGGGCGGUUUUAAGGGGUUGAGGGGCGGGCACUCAAAAAUUAGGGAGGUACUUAUAGUACAUCUCUACUUGAAACCCCCAUUUCCUAGCCUGCACGUAGCUGGCGCCUUGUCUCCCUAAGUUUUGACUGCCCACGCCUCAACCACUUAAAACCGCCCAGUACGUGCAGGCUACCAGUACCCCUAUAGCUUAAAGUAUUUUUUGAAGGUCAUCGCAUCAUUAUAAAGGCAGAAACUAAUGGGGUGGAAGCAUUCGCCCUACGGCCAUUUCCGAAAAAUAAGAAUUUUAGACUGCCAAUUGAUAAUUGUCACAUUCUUAAAUACCUUAGGUUGUCAGUUGUGUUGUAUAGUUAACGUUACUGAAUAAUUAAUCUAACCGCCAUGUUGUCUACACCGGAGUAAAAUGUUUACUGCAAUGCAAAUAGGUGUGACUUGGGAACAUUGUAUUUUAUUUCAAUUUGAACGUGAAUUGCUCACUAAGAUUAACAGAGUACAUACACAGCAAAAAAGGAUAUGAAUGCUCAACUACAGUGUGUUACACAAAUAUUAUUACAGUUACUACACUGCUCUGACAUAACUGUGAAACUUGUAAACAAUAACACAUUGUGAAACUUGUCUUUUUAGACAACCACGAUCUCUUUGGGUUCAUGUACCGUUCAAGCGAUAUGAUUGAAAGAUUUGCCAUGUUGCGUCUAGUUCCAGAUGAAAUCACUAAGGAAGUAUGGUUGGAAAAACUGGUCACUGGUCUCGCGAAUGCAACCUCUAUUGCUAACAGAGUAAGAAAUCUUUACUUCGUCUACCAAGAUCAUUUCCUUCGACGAAUAAAUAGACUUUACUGUUUAUUGUACUUUUUCCCCCAAUGGGCUCGUUUUCAUGUUUGCUUGUUUUGAGGCACACAUCACCAUGUUUCGUGCACGAGUAUGUUUCUCUUUGAUCUUGAUCCAAACUACAAGCCCUUGAACCUAUUGUGCAUGAUAACGAGGCCAUUGGAGCAAGAGUGCAAUAAACAGUAUUUAUUAUAUGGCAAGCAUCACUUCCGGUGAAAUGGAGGACUGUGAUUGGCUGAGAAGCACUUUCAGUGGUCCAUUAUUUUCCCGUAAUGGGCCGGCGGUCCAUUACGUAAAACAAACGCAUGCAUUUUAAAACAAACCAGCAAAGCUAAUUGAAAAUUAUAAUUAAAUUUGUUAUUAAUAAGAUUCUACGAAUGAUUUUAGUGGAAAAGAAGGAAUACAUUGAUAUUUUUUGUUUUCUUCGACCAAAUGUGUACCAUGCUAGUAAUAUGCAUUUCAAAUCAUGCAUUUCUUGUUUGUUUCAAGUAUAAACGCCUAUAAAUGCCAUAUAAUAGACUUUUUAUUAAAGUCGGACUUUUUAUUAAAGUCGAAAUAUCGGACUUCGGUCUUUGUGUACAAACCUCGCCCCUACGGGCUCGGUCUGUACAAAAAAAACCUCGGUCCGAUAUUUCUCUGUACAGACCUCGCGUUCGGUUAAUAAGAAGUUAAUAUCAAGAUUUUUGUGGCAUCUCACUUGAAUGAGUAAUAUUUGAAGGGUGUUGUAGACGGAAAUUGUCGAGUGGAAAUUAAAUACAUUUAUUAGACCUAAUCAGGAACAGAAGAAUGCAACUUUAGGUCCCUGACAGGAAUGGAACCUGCGGCCUUGCGAUUCCAGUGCAGCACUCUAACCAACUGAGCUACAACCACAAGUUCAUGUAUAUAUACUAGGGUACUGCCAUGUAACUGAGUUACAACCACAAGUUCAUGUAUAUAUACUAGGGUACUGCUAUGUAACUGAGUUACAACCACAAGUUCAUGUAUAUAUACUAGGGUACUGCUAUGUAACUGAGUUACAACCACAAGUUCAUGUAUAUAUACUAGAGUACUGCUAUGUAACUGAGUUACAACCACAAGUUCAUGUAUAUAUACUAGGGUACUGCCAUGUAACUGAGUUACAACCACAAGUUCAUGUAUAUAUACUAAGGUACUGCUAUGUAACUGAGCUACAACCACAAGUUCAUGUAUAUAUACUAGGGUACUGCUAUGUAACUGAGUUACAACCACAAGUUCAUGUAUAUAUACUAAGGUACUGCUAUGUAACUGAGUUACAACCACAAGUUCAUGUAUAUAUACUAGGAUACUGCCAUGUAACUGAGUUACAACCACAAGUUCAUGUAUAUAUACUAGGGUACUGCUAUGUAACUGAGUUACAACCACAAGUUCAUGUAUAUAUACUAGGGUACUGCCAUGUAACUGAGUUACAACCACAAGUUCAUGUAUAUAUACUAGGGUACUGCCAUGUAUAGAUUACACCAAAUUCAAAUUAAGCCCCGUUUACACUACGCUCAAUUUUUGGUACGGCACGGAUAAAAUUGGUACCCGUACCACUUUUUUGGUUCUUGGACUACCUAUUGUACGGCACUACCAAAUAGGACUGCCUAAAUAGGUAGUCCAAGAACCAAAAAAGUGGUACGGGUACCAAUUCUAUCCGUGCCGUACCAAAAAUUGAGCGUAGUGUAAACGGGGCUAAAGUCGCUGGAAAGCAAUUGCAACGUACUCGUCCGGAAUUUUUUUUUACCUAAAAAGUUGUCGACGGGGGGGGGGAGGUUUGUUGUCCGAAAAAAUUAUUUUCCGGAAAAAAAAUUGAAAUAGGGACCCCAGGCCCCCGCCAACCUCUCGGCGGCCCUGAUUGUAGAUGGAAAUUGUCGAACCUAACCAAGAACAGAAGCGAAAAAUGCAACUUUAGAUCUCUGGCUCUGUUCACAGUAGGUUCUGUUUCUGGUUAGGUCUAAUAAAUGUAUAUAAAUUUCCAUUCGACAAUUUCCAUCUACAAUCCCCAUCAAUAAACAGUACAAUCUAUUAUCAGGUUGUGUUCACACUCGAAACCGCACAAAAAUUAACACGAUUUCACCUUUCGAGUUCACAUGGGAUGCAUGAAACUGGGUGCAUUCGUGCACAACUGACCAUGUAAACAAGUGGAUUUCAGCUGAUUUACCAUGAUAGGGAUUUACGUUAGUCUUUGAAUAUUUUAUUAUAAUCUUUGAAUUUUUAUGUAGGCUGACUGCUUUACGACAUUGGAUGCCAAUACAUUGACGAUAACCAAAAGUGAUUUAGCUUUGACCAACCAAUCAAAGAUCGGUCGAGCUGUAAGGUAUAUAUGAUGGACGUUUUGGAAUCUACGACUUUUACAGCUAUAUUUAUAACAUACGUGAUAGACGGCACCCAAUAUCCCCAACUGGCAUAUAGGUCUUGCUGCUCUGUAAAAUAAAUGAAUUAUUCAAUUAUAAAGUUCUUUAUUCAGAAAAAGUAAUCGCCACAUUAGUAUGUGAAAUUUUUAAAGCCGUCACGAAAAUAACGUUAUUUUCGGAGGGGUAUACUUUUGGAAUUCUACUGUAUCUCUGAGUUCGACAUCACCAAUAAAAAUUUAUAUUUCGCAUGCGAUAGUUGUCAUUUUAAAAUUCCAUUUCUUUUCAAUUAGGGUUGCAAAGAAAACGACAAAGAAAGUAAGCCGUGCGUUCUCCAUGAACAAAACUCCUCGAAGUAAAGUGAAUGUUGUCAAACGUUCCAACUCAAAGUAAGUUUUCUUUACUUAUUUUUCUCACAACUAGCCUACAAAGUCUGCAUUUUGAACAUUUGGAAAAUGGACAACCGCUAGUAGAUAAGGCAGUUAACCCUUUGUUGACAUUUAGUGUAUCGCCUGGAGGGAUGUCGUUAGGAUGUGGCAGUCCACUUCAACCUUCUACGAGAGAGAAUUUACGUUCAAGACUUCUUGGCACUUGUGAAGAGUCUACGGUAUGAUUGCUUUAUAUCAUUUAAGUGGACGGACGCGUUCAUGCAGUAUAUAUUAUCGAUAUCAGGAUAUUAUUACCAGUACUCUCCAAUAAACUGCCAUGGUUUGUGCCUAUGGUCAGUCGCGGACAGCCCCAUCUGUUUUUGAACUGCUAAAAUUGUCUCUCAAACUCAAUAUAACGGACAUCUAAUUAACACAAUUUUAGAAUUUCGUGGAAAUUUAAUGUAGAAUUCUGCAGAAUUUCAUUUUGACUUGGCAGGUCAAAAAAAUUUUCGCUUGCCAUUUCUAAAAUAUGGCCUGCUUUUGGCCAUUGGCAUGCUGCUAUUUUGAGCUUUGGUUUGGUUUAAAUAAUAGCCUAUGAAGGCUUUCAUAGUUGUAUAAGCUUUCUGGUUUGGUUUAAAUAAUAGCCUAUGAAGGCUUUCAUAGUUGCUUUCAUAGUUGCUUUCAUACAUUGUUACAACAAACAAUGUUAAUUGGCAAUCUUUUUAAGAAAUUAUAGGGAGACUGAUGCCCCCAUCCCCCAGUACAUGUCUGGCAAUGCUAAUGACAAUAAUACUCGAAUUAUGACUACCUGGGGUUAGGGUUAAUAAACAGCAAUUUAAGUUAUGGUUACCAAAAUAUUCAUGGUAUGAUCAACGAGAACAAAAGUGAAUUAUUGUUGAAAUGGCAUCGUACCACGUGAAGAUAUACCUUGCAUGAAACUAUACUUUAAAAUUUGGCUGUUUUUUAAAUGACAAUGAAAGCUUAUUAUUGAAAUAAAGUAUUCAUAUUGCAUUUCAGGGUAAAGAACUGCGAUCUAACUACAAGAUGAUGAGCCAGUACAUGAGUUCACCUUCGCUAUUGCCGGGUAAAACGUAAUACCACAUGAUGGAUGCUGUGGAUUAAACUGCGUAUUGCGCAUUUCUCUGCGUGGAUGCUUCAGUAAUGUCCUUCAGCCUUUAUGAUGGAAAACGUUGCAGAGCUUAAAAGGCAAUUUCUUAUGCCUUGUAAAUAUUAGUAAUUAUAGACAUAAAACAAACAAUAUAUUGAUAAUCAGCAUAUAUAUACAAUAAAGUAAUAACAAUGUAUUGAUUGAACUUGAGACGAUUCCCACCACACGUGGUUGUCGUAUUGCACUGCAAAUAAAAUAGAACUAUUUCUAAAGGAAGUGAAUCAUAAGCGUUUUUGAACACUUUGCUGAUAACAUAAAAUUAUUAAUAAUUAUUUAAUAUCUCUUUAGAAAUGAGCCAUGUAUAAUUUUGCACUGUUAUAUUUUAGUAGUUCACAAUUUGUUUAGAAAUAAAUAUUUUUAUAACAAUUCCAAGUGUAUUUUUCUGUUCUUUACGAUAUAUUGUAUGGGUCAGAUGUACUGUAUAACGACCGAAAGGCGAAACCGG